GUGAAACUUCUCGUUUCUCAUUUCUCAUCCCACAGUAGUACCUCCGUCCCCCCAGCUUUCCCCUCACCGCAUCAACCAUGCCGCCGAAGAUGGGACAGACGAAGAAGGCCAAGAUGGAGGCCGCCAACAAGGGAUCCAAGAAGACGACCAAGAAGUGGAGCAAGGGUCAGUCCCGCGAGGCCCUGCAGAACGCCGUGAUGUUCGACAAGGAGACCUACGACAAGCUCCGCACCGAGGUGCCCAAGUACAAGCUCAUCACCCCCUCCAUCAUCUCCGACCGUCUGAAGAUCGCCGUCUCCAUCGCCGCCGCUGGCCUCAAACAGCUGUGCCGCGAGAAGCAGAUCCGCCUGGUGUCGUGCUCGAACAAGACCCGCGUGUACACGCGCAUCGUGCAGGCCGCCCCGGCUGAUGCUGCCGCUGGUGCUGCCGCCGCUACCCCGGCCCCUGCUGCCGAGUAA